AUGCACUGUCUGAGAUAUAUAAAUAAUAAUUUUGAUUCUAAGAAGAAUACUCUGUAUAAUAUUAGUUAUUUAUUAAAUAUAAAAAUAUCUAUUCUAUAUUAUUUUUAUUUCGCGAGAAAGAAGAUUUAUAAUCCUGUGAGUUUUAUAUAUUCUAUAUUAUAUAUAUAUAAUUUACUAAUAUUUCUUAAGUCUGCAACUGGUCUGCUAGAAAAUAUUUAUAAUCUUAUAAAGAUUAUUAAAUAG